UUCGUUCGGUGUGCGCCAAGAAUUUAUUACAAAGAUGGCAACUGGUAAAAGAAAUAAUAAGUCUGUGUUCUCGAUACAACAGAGAUACGAAAUUGUGCAACAAUUAAAAAAUGGCGCGUCAGCCAGACGAUUAGCUGCUAAAUAUGAUGUUCAUCCUACUACUAUUCGACGCAUUCGGCAAAAUGCAGCGGCUGUGUACCAGUUUGCAAAGGAAGGGGUCGCAAUGAGAACGCGGAAAAAUACACGGAAGCCGGCGAACGAAGAAUUGGAUAACCGGAUGUACAUGUGGUACUUGGAACGAAAGGCGAUUGGCAAACCGAUUACGAAUUUAUUAUUGCUGGAAAAAGCAAUAGAAUUCAAUAAAGAAUGUGGAGGACCAUCGAAACCUAUCUUCAAAGCGAGCAAAGGCUGGCUAUGGAAGUUCAAGAACCGUCACGGAAUCCGUUUAAUAAACGACCCCAACAAAAAGAAGGAUACAACAACCGCGGAACAAUUUGUAAAUGAUUUCGCGCGACGAAUCGAGCAAGAGGAAAUUGAAUACAGGAACAUUUACAACAUGGACGUGACUGCUCUCUUGUGGAAGGCUCUUCCUACGAAGAUUUCAACAAAUAACGGAGAGAGAAACAUGGAAGGAACAACGUGUGAAGAGGAUCGGGCAACUGUGGGUUUAUGCGUUAACGCUACAGGAAGUCACAAGCUUCCACUUUUAUUUAUUCAUAAAAUAAAAAAUCCAAAAGAAUUAAAACACUGCAAAGAUAGUCUACCCGUAAUUUAUAAAGCACAAUCACAAGCUUGGAUAGACCAAGAAAUUUUUUCCGACUGGUAUCAAAAUCAUUUUAUACCGGCUGUAAAGACGCAUCAAACGGAGACCGGCACUAGCGGAAAAGUUAUCCUCCUUUUAAAUAAUUGUCGGCAUAAACUGCAAUUAGCUGAAAAAUUCCAGCAGGAUGAUCAGUUUCACAUCAUGCUUUUACCCCACAAUACAACCCCUUUUCUUCAACCCAUGAACCAGGGGAUAAUUGAAAACGUUAAAAAGUCUUUCCGUCAUAAAAUGUUGCAUCGUGUAUUAAGUUUUCCUGGUGGGGCACGGGAAUUUUAUUUAGAUUACGACCUUAAGGAUUGCAUUGAUUUGUUGUAUGAUGCGUGGACAGAAACAAGUGCCACGAGUAUCCGAAACGCAUGGAAAAAUAUCAUUAAACGAAUCCCCGAAGAAAGUACGAUAAAAGAAGAGCCAGGGGAUCCGUUGGAACCCAAUCUGCAGGAAAUCAUUGGCGUAAUCACUGGAGAACAAGCGUGCGAACAAAGCGUAAAUGAAUUUUUAUCAAAAUGCACGGAAGCGGAAAACAAUAUGGCCGAAGAUGAGUCGUCAUUGCCGAGAUCGGAUACUCUGCCUAACGAAGAAGAUAUGAAAAAGGCUUUUAAAAAUUUGACAAAAUGGUCCGAACAAGAACCAGAUUUUAUUAGAUUACAUGUACAGUAUCUGAAAGGCUAUUAUGAACAAAAGCAAUGUUUAUAAAUAAAGGAAAUUUAAUUCCAAUACGAAGGGUUACUCGCAUCGAGUAGUUCUCGGAAGUAAUGGAAAUAGCAACGUAACAAACUUCAUGGUCGAGAAGAAACAUCUUUCGAAGCAUUGCUGUAUAUACGAAGCUAGAAUAAAAGAUUUUGGUUGU